AGUCUCUCAGUCUUUUUGUUGAAGGUCCGCUCGCCCUCUUCUUCAUCAGAGGAGCACUUCUCAUUCAGAAUCAAAAAAACAAAUCUUCAAGAUCAUGGCGUUAAUGCAAUCUAACAGGGUUGAGUUCAUGGUGGGUGUUGCUGUUGCCCUCUUCGCUGUUGGCGCCGGCACCGCUUAUUUCUUCUACAUCUCCAACAAGAAACUCAAAAGUUGUUUGGAUCCUAAAAUCUUUAAAAGAUUCAAGCUUGUUAAACUUACUCAACUUAGCCAUAAUGUCGCCAAAUUUAGGUUUGCUUUGCCCAAAUCAACUUCUGUUUUGGGACUUCCAAUAGGACAACAUAUUAGCUGCAGAGGAAAGGAUAGUCAAGGCGAUGAAGUUAUCAGACCUUAUACUCCCACAAGUUUGGAUACUGAUGUUGGUUAUUUUGAGCUUGUUAUUAAGAUGUAUCCACAAGGAAGAAUGUCCCAUCAUUUCCGAGAAAUGAAAGAAGGAGAUUACAUGGAUGUAAAGGGACCCAAGGGACGCUUCAAAUAUGAACCUGGGCAAGUCAGAGCUUUUGGUAUGCUUGCUGGAGGUACGGGUAUUGCUCCAAUGUUCCAGGUUGCCAGAGCAGUACUGGAGAAUCCAAUUGAUAAAACCAACGUGCAACUUAUCUAUGCAAAUGUCACAUAUGACGACAUUCUUUUGAAGGAAGAGCUGGAUUCAAUGGCUAGUACUUUUCCUAACCGCUUUAAAGUCUACUAUGUUCUCAAUCAGCCACCUGAAGGAUGGGAAGGCGGGGAAGGAUUCAUAUCCAGGGAGAUGAUUCAAGCACACAUCCCUGAACCAGGAUCCGAUAUUAAGAUACUGAGGUGUGGACCGCCGCCCAUGAACAAAGCAAUGGCCGCUCAUCUCGAUGCUCUUGGUUACACUUCUCUUAUGCAGUUCCAAUUCUAAUCUUUCUUUCUAACUCUUCUAUUCUACCCACAUCAAUAAUUCAUCCCAGGUUCCGUUUAUCGGCAGGUUUUGUUAAAACUUUUGUUAGAAUCUUUGUGAGAAAUUUAUCAUCAAUCUAUUGGAUUUUUCGCCUUUUGAUUGAACUCGAUCAUUAUUCUACGAAUGGAAUGAAAAUUUUAAGA